AUGGCAACAGCCGAUGCAUCUCUACAGGACCCGCUCCUCUCGCUGCGCCGUGCCAUUGCCUCGGAUAGCCCCCCAGCCCCGACAACCUCGUCCGAGCUCUCAAACGAACAUGCGACAGAAGACCUAGCCCAGGCAACACAUCUUUUCUUCUCGCAACCAACCCCACAAUCAAUUCCCCUCAAUGCACCAACCCGCUUUACACGUAUCGUAUCCGGAACAGUCGAAUCCGCCGUCGACCUGCGCAGCAUCUUCUUCGCGUGGCAGAAGAAAGAUGUCGCUAUCCCAGAAUACAUUGCCUCCGCACAGGAGCUGAACGAGGCACUAAAAUUGAAGGGACCAGCAGAAUCCGGCACAGUGGAGGAAGUCCAGAAUCUUCCUUUCGUCGAACGUUUGGAUCUCAUUACCUGGCUCGAGGGUGCGUCCGAUGAGAGCGAGUACAUUAAGCCUUUGGAAGGCGCUGCGGCGGCGGCGGCGGCUGCAGCAGCCGCCGCUGCUGGUGCUGCUCAGGCGGAAGCUUCAGCUGGUAUUGCGUCCGGUGUGAAGGGUGGUGUUUCUACUGUGCCUAGUGGUGCUCCUGGGGCACCUGUCCAGGCCGGAGCUCAGGGUACUCGUGCGCAGAAGCCGAUUGAUCCUCGACUACAGGAGAUUUACAAUGGGGAACGCAAGACUGGAGAUCGGAACACUGUGCUGAGAGGAAUCAAAGCUACCGACUUUUCUCAUGUCCGCAAGAGCGCCGAGGUCUUCCUCGACCGUAACCGCUCUCGCCCCGGUCAACCCACAAAGCCAGGCAGCAAGAGCAUGAUUCCCGCCCCCUCUGCAGGCCUCUCGAUGCCUUCGUCCUCCUCCUCCCGCAAGUCCAACUCCCGGCCUGAUCCCAUCAUUCUCCUUUCCCCCUCCGCUUCCUCUCUCAUCCGCAUGUCCAACAUCAAAUCCUUCCUGCAAGACGGUAUCUUCGUCCCACCAGACCACCCCACACUGUCCAUGUCUACCGAGGCCAACUUCAUGGAACUCAAGCGGCCACUGCGCCUCAAAUCGGAUCCCUCCAAUCCGAAUGCUGCAGCAAACCCCGCUCACAAAGCCCCCAAGCCCACCAAGUUCAUUCUUGUGGAUGGAACUACAAACUUCAAGCCGGAGUACUGGUCACGGCUUGUGGCUGUUUUCACUACUGGACAAACUUGGCAAUUUAAGUCGUAUAAGUGGUCUUCUCCUCCCGACCUUUUCAAGCAUGCUACUGGUGUUUAUGUUGGAUGGAGGGGCGAGGAAGCACCAUCCACAGUUAAGGGCUGGGGACGUGGUGUAAACAGCUUCUCCGUCGAGCGAUGGGAUGAGAAAGGUGGUAUUCACGGUGGUGGACGAUGGAGGGAUCGGGAAGUUGUAGAGGGAAUCUGGACGGCCAUUGAGGAGGGUAUGAGACUUCGUGGCUGGGGGUCGAAAUGA